AUGGUGGAAGACUUUUCACUCGGUUGGCAAACGGCUCUCGGCGCAGGCUACGCAGUUCUACUGGCCGUGAACUAUGCCUCCCUGUCCGGCAAGAUAGGCCCCACGAAUGCGAAGAUAUCGGGCGCUUAUCCUACGCAGGUAACUCCUGCAAAUUGGGCCUUCAGCAUUUGGGGGCCCAUCUUUCUUCUUGAGGGAGCAGGGGUCGGUGCCAUGCUGACCGGCGGAGUCUCGGGGGAGGUUGCAAAAGCUGUGGCGCCAUCUUGGUUUGCCACUUGGCUUUUUCAAAAUGCAUGGCAGCUGAGCUUUAUACAGCUGCCGCCGAAGAAGCCCGGCGACGCGCCUGCAGCUACAUCCGAAAGGGCCAAAGCCUUCCGCGUGCUGCUCCCCUGCGCCGGCUACCUGGUCGCCGCCCAGCUCUCGAUGCUUUCCGCUGGCAUCCGACUUCGGCAGAACGAUGUUGAAGGAUCCUGGCUCCAGUCUGUGGCUAUCGACUUUGCCUCGGGCUUGAAUGCUGGUUGGCUUGCCGCGGCCUCUGGCAUCGGAAUUGGGCAGGCGCUGGACCUCUUGCCUUCAGGCAGCCGGACAUCUACAAGGCUCAGCUCAGCCUUAGUCUACUCCGUGUCUUUCUACGGCCUCCUGGCCGCCGCAGUGGUCGGCGCGAAGCCCCUCCAGGGCUUUGGCUUGGGAUACGCCCUGGCGACGAUGUGGGCCCUGACUGGCAUCAGAGCGAGCCCGACCUCACCUCCGCAGGUGAAGAGCAGCGCCUAUGCGGGGAGGCUGCUGGCGGCUUUGGGCGGCCUUGCUUGUCUCAGGCCCUGA